AUGCUCCGGAACACAGCCAUGUCUACGGAUCAUGCAGUCGUGCUCUUUGAUGUUGGAGCAGGUCAGGCGAAAGGAAGCAGAGAGUUCCAACAGGAUCGUUGCACCAUCAUCCGACCGGAGCAGUUCCCAUGUAAAACGAAUGAGAAGUUGGCAUUUUUUGCCAUAUACGACGGGCAUGGAUCUGGAUUGGUGGCAGAGCACGCUAGUAAAAGGUUGCAUAAUCUUCUUUCUAAGCGGCCGGAGUUUGAGAAAGAAGACUACGUCGCGGCCAUCAAGGGUGCGUUGGCUGAUGAGGAUGCAUUGCUCUUGGAGAGUUUCAAGAAUGAUUCCACUGAGCCGGCGAUCUCUGGAUCCACUGCUGCGAUUUGUUUAGUGAAUCUCACUCGGGGUGAACUGGUUGUGUCUAAUUUGGGUGACUCUCAUGUUAUAAUGGCCGAGAGAGAUCCCAAAACGGACCGUCCCUACCAUAUUCGACGACUCACGGAGGCGCAUAAGCCCGAGACACCCGGUGAACGACGACGGAUUGAAGCGGCCGGGGGUGAGGUGACUAUUCGUAAUGGCAUUGCUCGGCUUGGUGAUUUGCAGUACAAGACUCCCGUCAAUGAAGUGCAGGACACGGGAAACAUGCCGCAGGAGCGACAUCUUUCGUCAUCAUCCAGCGCCGUUCGUGGAGACUUCGUAUCCAACAAGCCAUUUACCUCGCAAAGAACAUUAAAACCAGAUGGCCGCUACUUGUUAGUCAUAGUGUCGGACGGGGUCAGUGACCGGACAGACGACGUGGCCCUGAUCCAGCACGUGAUGAAGUUGGCGAUGCGGGGGAUGAGAGCCAGUGAGAUCGCGCAAGAGAUUGCCACCAACAGUACUCGGUCUACUAAAAGUGACAAUGCUUCUUGUAUCGUGGCUAUGUUAGACGGACAGCGAUCAUAA